AUGAAUGUAUGUUGGACAGCAUAUUGCCAUGUGGGUGACGACGUAGAGAUGUCUGCUGCUGCGCAAACACUGCCGUCGUCGACUGCCGCCCGAACUCACGGGCCAGCGGCGUUGGCGCCCACACCCUCAAAAUGUAAUCCCACCGGCAAACACACGGUGCACUGGUUCCGAAAGGGCUUACGCCUUCAUGACAAUCCCGCGUUGAGAGAAGGCCUCAACAAUGCGGUCACAUUUCGCUGUGUCUUCAUCAUAGACCCGUGGUUUGCCAGCUCGUCUAAUGUCGGAAUCAAUAAAUGGAGAUUCCUUUUACAAUGCCUGGAAGACUUGGAUUGCAGCUUAAGGCGGUUGAAUUCCAGAUUGUUCGUAGUGCGUGGGCAGCCGGCAGACGCCCUGCCAAAGUUGUUCCGCGAGUGGGGCACUACCGAGCUCACAUUCGAGGAAGAUCCGGAACCGUACGGUCGGGUCCGAGAUCACAAUAUCAUGUCCAAAUGCCGUGAAAUUGGUAUCAACGUUGUUUCUAGAGUAUCACAUACUCUAUACAAAUUGGACAAAAUCAUCGAACGUAAUGGUGGAAAGGCACCGCUCACUUAUCACCAGUUCCAGGCGUUGAUUGCUAGCAUGCCGCCUCCGCCGCCCGCCGAAGCCGCCAUAUCGGCACAGGGCUUUAACGGUGCCACCACUCCAAUAGCUGACGAUCAUGAUGAUCGUUUUGGCGUCCCCACGCUCGAAGAAUUGGGGUUUGAUACGGAAGGAUUGAAACCGCCCGUAUGGAUAGGUGGCGAAAGUGAAGCACUGACUAGAUUGGAGCGUCAUUUGGAGAGGAAAGCUUGGGUGGCGUCAUUCGGGCGUCCAAAAAUGACACCUCAAUCACUCUUUGCUAGUCAAACGGGUUUGUCACCAUACCUGAGGUUUGGAUGUUUAUCGACGAGAUUGUUCUACUACCAACUGACGGAACUAUACAAAAGGAUCAAGAGGGUUCAACCACCAUUGUCUUUGCAUGGGCAGAUCCUAUGGCGAGAAUUCUUCUACUGCGCCGCAACUCGGAAUCCGAACUUCGAUCGUAUGGAAGGAAAUCCUAUUUGCGUCCAAAUACCAUGGCAGAAGAAUCAAGAGGCUUUAGCAAAAUGGGCUAAUGGUCAAACUGGAUAUCCGUGGAUCGACGCAAUCAUGAUACAGUUGCGAGAAGAAGGAUGGAUACACCACCUAGCGCGACACGCUGUUGCUUGCUUCUUAACACGGGGCGACCUCUGGAUAUCAUGGGAGGAAGGAAUGAAGGUAUUUGAUGAGCUACUCCUUGAUGCUGAUUGGUCAGUGAACGCAGGCAUGUGGAUGUGGUUGUCUUGUUCGUCGUUUUUCCAACAAUUCUUUCACUGCUAUUGCCCUGUGCGUUUUGGAAGGAAAACUGACCCCAACGGCGACUUUAUCAGGCGAUACAUACCGGCUCUGAAGAACAUGCCGACCCGGUACAUCCACGAGCCGUGGCUUGCGCCCGAAGCGGUGCAGCAGUCGGCGCGCUGCAUCGUGGGCCGUCACUACCCGCUACCAAUGGUAGACCACACGAAGGCAUCGCAGAUCAACAUCGAGCGCAUCAAGCAGGUGUACGCGCAGCUCGCCCAAUAUAAACCACUCGCUAUACUUAAUCCACACACGUUACAAAGACCGAAUGUCAUGCAACCCUCGCCGAGCCCGACUUCUAUAUUGACGAACAUCAAUCAAUCUAAUUUCUUGUGCAGUCAAAAUUCCGAUGCUCAGAUUAUAUCGACGGUUCAAAAUUCUACAACAAAAAGCUCAAACGUGUUCCAACAUCCGGGCGCUAAUGACAACUCGCGAAACGAUACGAAACAAUCUCAAUCUAAGCCAGUUGUUAUCAUACAGAGAGAGAAUAGUGCAAAUGUACAAAAGAUAGAUUAUGGGCGUGCGAAUCCGUGUCCAUCGCCUCGCCCGCAACAGAAUUACAUUAUUAAUGGACAAGACGUUCCUCAUAAAAGCAAGGAAGACACUGAGAGAGCUCAAAAAUCAAAACAAGAAGAAAACUAUAAUCUCAAAAUUUUUGAUAUAAACAAAUUUAUACAGGAUUAUUCCAAUAACCAAAAAACAUAUCCAAAUCAGGAGCGAAAAACGGAAGAUGUUUACCAACAAGAUGAGAAAAGUAUUUCAUAUGGAUUUACAAAACCCAAGUUUUAUAUGUCGUAUCCAAAUAAUGGAAUUGUGCGUAAUGAACAUUCACACAUCGAGACACAAGAGGACGAACCCACAACUCGCAACCAUGAAUAUGCUGGCGAAUCAACAAAAGAAACUAAAAAGGAGAAACAAAUUCAUAAUAAUUGCAUACAGUAA